AAAUUUUCAUUUUUUUUUUAUUUUUUCUGUUUUCUAAGACAUAAAGAGUUAAUUGUUUGACCGUGAACUUGACUUACUUGUCAAGUCUUUUUUUGUUCUUCUUUCUACAAUUGUAGAAUUUAAAUGGACCAUAAAUGCUUUCCGUGGAAAAUUCAAGUUGGUUUUUGUGGAAAAUUCUCCAUAGACUUGGUUGACUUGACUUACUUGUUAAGUCUUUUUUGUUCUUUCUACAAUUGUAGAAUUUAAAUGGACCAUAUAUGCAAUUUAAAUGGACCAUAAAUGCUUCCCGUGGAAAAGUCAAGUUGGAAAUUAGUUUUUGUGGAAAAUUCUAACUCCAUAGAGUUGAUUUAUUUGUCUAGUUUUUUUUGUUCUUCUGUCUACAAUAGUAGAAUUUAAACGGACCAUAAAUGCUUUCCGUGGAAAAUUCAAGCUGGAAAUUGGUUUUUGUGGAAAAUUCAAACUCCAUAGACUUGCUUGACUUGACUUGAUGUGAUGGAAGAUAUUUUUCUUUAACUUUAUAUAUUAGGUGUUGGUAGCAAUGAUCGGUAUGCAACCAUGAGAGCGGUUACAAUUUCCUCAUUUGGAUUUCUUCUUGUCAUCGCAGUCACCAUUAUUAGCUUUUGCGAUGGGAAUUGCAAUGUGCUUUGCAUUGAAAGUGAGAGACAAGCCCUUUUGAAGUUCAAGCAAGACCUUAUUGAUCAAUCAAACCGGCUAUCUUCUUGGGUUGAAGGUGAGGAUUGCUGUGAAUGGCUUGGUGUUUUCUGCAAUAACUUGACUGGCCAUGUCAAAGAGCUGCAUUUGGGGCUUCUUUCAAGUAGACCUGAUGUGCAUGCACCGCAUGCUGAAUGGGAUGUUUACAUUCGGUCAAAACUAGGAGGCAAAAUAAAUCCUUCUUUGAUCGAGUUGAAACAUCUCAGUUUCCUAGAAUUAAGCAACAACGACUUUGGAGGCUUGGCAAUUCCCGAAUUCAUUGGUUCCAUGAAGAGUUUGAUAUAUCUUAACCUCUCUUGGGCAAAUUUCCAAGGAGCAAUUCCCCAUAAUCUUGGAAAUCUCUCAAAACUGCAUUAUCUUGAUCUUGGACACAAUUCCCUAUUUGAAGAUAAAACUCUUCAAUGGGUUUCUGGUCUGUCGUCUCUGCAGUAUCUUGAUUUGAGUCAUGCAGAUCUUGGUAAAGCAACUGAUUGGCUGCAGAUAACAAAUAAACUUCCUUUAUUGGCAGAGUUACACUUGUCAGGAUGCUAUCUAUAUAAUGAUCCAUCUCCAAUCAGUGUUAAUUACACAUCUCUUGCUGUUCUCGAUCUGUCUGCCAACAAGUUGUCUUUGGUGCCUACAUGGAUAUUCAGUCUUCGUAGUCUUGUGUCCAUUGAUCUUACCCUUAAUGGAGUUGAAGGUGUGAUUCCCAAUGGUUUUCAAAACAUGUCUUCUCUCAAAUUUCUUGAUCUUAGUUGGAAUUCAUUCUCUUCAUCAUCGACACUCAACUGGCUGUCUAAUUUAAACCAGCUUCAAUUUCUUGGUCUUCGUAGCGUCGGUCUGCAAGGUAAUUUUUCAAGUGCCAUUGGAAACUUGAGCUCUCUUACUCAUCUUGAUCUUUCAGGUAACUUGCUUGAAAUUAUAGUACCAAAAUAUUUGGAAAGUCUUUGCAAUCUGAGGGAGUUGGAUUUGUCAAAUAAUGGAAUUGUUCAUGAGGUAUCAGAAAUCAUAGAAAGUUUGUCUAGAUGUAGUUUGGAUCGAUUAGAGUCAUUAAACAUGGGAUUUAACAAACUUUCUGGCCAUUUACCUGAUAAACUCGGCCAAUUUAAAAAUUUGGCAUACCUUUCCCUUUCUGGAAACUUCAUUUCUGGUCCCAUUCCAUUCUCAAUAGGGAAGUUGUCAUCAUUGAAAUUUCUUGAUGUUUUAAACAAUCGAUUGAAUGCAACUCUUCCUCAAAGUUUAGGACAACUUGGGAAUUUGGAACAUUUAGACGUUUGCAACAAUAUGUUGGAAGGACAUAUAUCAGAAAUGCACUUUUCUAAUCUCACGAGGUUGAGAUUUUUUAGGGCAUCUAACAACAUGUUAACGUUUAAACCAAAUCCAAGUUGGAUUCCUCCUUUCCACUGUGAAAGUAUUGAAUUGCGUAACUGGCAUCUUGGUCCGCAAUUUCCUCAGUGGCUACAAUUCCAAAAAAACUUGUCUCGUUUGGAUAUCUCCCAUGCUGAAAUUUCAGUCGUCAUUCCCACUUGGUUUUGGAACAUUUCGACUCAGUUGGAAUAUCUAAACCUUUCCCAUAACCAACUAAUUGGAGAGAUUUCAUAUUUACCGAUGAAGAGGACGGUUGACUUGAGUUCCAACCUAUUCAUAGGUCCAUUGCCACUGCCAAUCUCAUAUUUGAGGUUUUUAUUUUUGUCUAAGAACCUAUUUUCAGGAUCACUUUCCAAUUUUCUUUGUAAUUCCUCAACUAAACUGGAAGCUUUGACCAUUCUUGACAUUGAAUCAAAUCUUCUGUCAGGUGAAAUUCCAAAUUGUUGGGAAAAUUGGCAAAUGUUGCAAGUCUUAAAUUUAGGAAACUACAAUCUAACUGGGAAAAUUCCUAGAUCUUUGGGAUCUAUGCGUAGCAUUAGGUCAUUAAACCUUCGAAACGAUAACCUGUUUGGAGAAGUACCAUCCACAUUGCAGCAUUUAGUUGAGGUGAUUAUUCUUGAUCUUAGUGAAAAUCAAUUGACGGGGAGUAUUUCAGCAUGGAUUGGAGACAAGCUUUUAAACCUUGUGGUUCUAAACCUUCGUUCAAAUAACUUUCAAGCCUAUAUUCCUGAUCAAAUUUGUGCUAUUAAUUCUCUUCAAGUUUUGGAUCUUGGUUAUAACAACAUUUCAGGAGUUAUUCCAAAAUGUUUUAGUAACCUAAGUGCCAUGGCCACAAAAACCCUCUACCAAUAUGUGGGUAACUUCGCCUGGGAACUCGACCGUAUUAACUUGAUUCCUUUGGCUGCAUUAUUGGUGAUGAAAGGAAGAGAAGAUGCAUACAGUAACACACUAGGACUUGUUACCAUCAUAGACCUUUCAGUUAACAGUCUCACAGGAGAGAUCCCCAAAGAACUUGGUAGUCUUAUGGGGCUGCGGUCAUUAAAUUUGUCGGGGAAUUUUCUAACAGGAAAAAUACCAGAGAACAUUGGCAGUAUGGAGGUUUUGGAAUCUCUUGACUUGUCCAUGAACCGAUUCCAUGGUGAAAUCCCUUCAAGUUUCUCCAAUUUGAAUUUCUUAAAUCACUUCAACUUGUCCUACAACAACUUGACAGGACAAAUCCCAUUAAGCACCCAGCUCCAAAGCUUUGACAAGUUUUCUUACGUUGGCAAUCAUCUUUGCGGACCUCCUGUCACUAAAACUUGUAGCAGAAAUGGUGAAACACCUGAUGUCACAAAUGGAGGUAGCAGUGGAGGAAAGAAAAGGUCUAAGUUGAAUUGGCUUUAUGUAAGCAUAGUGCUUGGAUUUGUGAUGGGGUUUUGGGGAGUAGUGGCUCCCUUGUUUUUCAUCAGGUCUUGGAGGUUUGCUUAUUAUAAAAAAUUGGAGCAAAUUGGUGACAAGCUAUACGUGUUUUGGGCUACUAUUGGUAUGUAAUUAUUUGAAAUGGUAGCUCAUUUCGGUGUGUUUGGUAAUAUAAUAAUUUUAUUUGUAUGCUCUUUACUUAAUCCAUGUAUUCGGAUUUGGAUAUGGUAUUCUAUGUUAUAGUUUAUUGAAAUGAAAUAAAAUUAUGUGUGUUAAUGUAUUUGACUCAUAGAUGUGUAUUCAAGUUUUAUUUAAAUUGGGUUGAAGG